UGUUGCUGCCAGAAGGCGGAGCGGGUUGUGGUGCAGUCAGGCAGGGGAGCGCGGAGUUGGUGGAGGUGGGAGUUACCGGGAGACCGGUCUUUUGUCUUGCUCUGUACACUGACUGUACCCAGGAUUUGUCACCUUGCUGGCUGUUGUCACACGCAGAGCUGGUGAGAGACAAUAGCUGUGUGUGAUUCUGCACCAUUUUGCACACAGGUUUUUCUUUCCCAUGCAGACGAAUGAGGGAGAAACACUUGAAGAAAGCUGUCCCAAGAGAGAAGGAGCAAGAAAGGGAAGAACAGUUAAUGGAAGACAAGAAAAGGAAGAAAGAGGAUAAGAAAAAGAAAGACGCUGCUCAGAAGGUCACAGAACAAAAAACCAAAGUGCCCGAAGUGACGAAACCAAGCUCAAGCCAAGCGACGGCCGCCAGCCUACCUGGCAGUUCCCCCUCGCCACCAGUCAAUGGUGGCAACAAUGCCAAAAGGGUGGCAGUGUCGAACGGACAACCGCCCAGCACCGCCCGCUACAUGCCUCGGGAGGUGCCACCGCGAUUCCGCUGCCAGCAGGACCACAAAGUGUUACUGAAGCGUGGGCAGCCCCCUCCAGCAUCCUGUAUGCUGUUGGGGGGAGGAGCAGGGACUCCACCCUCCUCCACUGCACCAGGGGCAGGCCCAGGCAACGCACAGCCAGGGACAGGAACACUGCUGUCGGGGGAAAGCGGAACUGCAACAGAUACAUCGUCAGGGGCAGCUGCUACUUCAAAUUAUGCAAAUUCCACUUGGGGUGCAGGAGCCCCCUCCAGCAGUGGCCCUACCACAAACCCUCCCCACACCUGGGACAAAGUGAUUGUAGACGGGUCUGACAUGGAAGAAUGGCCUUGCAUAGCGGGUGUGGACGCAGAGCCCCCUUCUGACAACGCCACAGACAACAACAGUGCCUCGAACCCAGCCUCGGAGAAGGGACCCCUACAAGGAAGCGCCACUAACCACAAAGGAAGGGGGGGCCAGGGCCAACAACAGCAGCCUGGCAACGAAUGUAUCCCGGGGGUAUGGAAAGCUGACCCCAAGGCUAAGCCCGUCCCGUCUUCCAACCCUGCUACAGAGGGAGUUAAUAGACUGGGAAACUGGAGGGGCAUGGGUGGUUCUGAGAGAACGGGACCUGCCUCUGGUUUCAAUAACUUUAACCCAAAUACAAAUCCAGCUGCCUGGCCGGCCCUGGUUCAGGAGGCCAGCAGGAAAGGGAACCCAGAGUCAGAAGGCAGCUUCUCCAGCGCACAACUUGGCUCUACAGGUCCGACCUCUCGGGAGCAGCAGUCAAAGAUGGAAAAUGCGGGUGCCGGUUUUGCAGCUUCGGGCAGGGAGCCGGCCACAACCCACCACACUGACGGACCAAAAAAUGGAAACACUAACUCUACGAACUCAAAUACUUCAAACCCCCUUGAGAACAAGGGAACAGCCUUUGGGGCAGGGUCAGGGGAUGCUUGCCGGGGUUCUGAUCCCUCUGCUCAAAGCACUGGAGAUAGAAAAAAUGGAGGGGUGGCUUCUUGGGGGCCAACUAGGGGCCAGUCUGUCCCAGGAGAUGCCAACUGUGGGAUCAGCAGUUCCGGAAAUAAUGGACGAGAGAGGGAGGACGCAAGGAAGGUGUCUUCAUCUCAUAGGCCCAAUGGGUCAAGGGGAGAAUCUUGGGACAGCAAAAGUGGUGGAAAUGGUUCUUGGGGAUAUGGCCCACAAACAGAUCCCAGUGAAUCGAAAUGGGGUGAAGGGAACAAAAUGAUGGCUGGAGGGGUGUCUCAGGGAGAAUGGAAGCAGCCAUCUGGCCAUGAGGACUUAAAAGUUGGAGAAUGGAGUGGGUCGAACCAAGGAAAUUCUAGCACUGGAGCAUGGGACAAUCAGAAGGGCCACUCACUAUCGGAAAACCAGGGCAGCGCAUCAUCAGCGUCCUGCUGGGGCCGGGCCCCCAGCUCUGCAGGAAGUGAGGCAGGGGGACAAAGCACUGGAAGCAAUCCUAAGGCUGGGGGCAGUGGAGACAGCCUGAACUCUGGCAGUCGACGCCCACAUAGGACUGCUCUCCCAGACAGCCAAGCUGUUUUGCAGUCCCUGCUAAAUCGAACAGACUUAGAUCCCCGAGUACUCUCCAACUCAGGCUGGGGGCAAACCCAGAUAAAGCAGGAUGCAGCAUGGGAGAGUGAAGAAGCGACAACUCGAUCUGAAGGCAAAGCAGACCGCGGGACUGAAGGAUGGGAAAACACAUCACAAGCAAAGAGCUCAGGGGGCUGGGGGGAUGCCCCCAGCCAAAGCAAUCAAAACAAAUCUGGUUGGGGAGAAUCUGCCCCUGUUCCAUCUGUUCAGGAAUGGAAGGACACCAAAGCAACUGGCUGGAAUGACUAUAAAAAUAGCUCGACUAGUUGGGGAGGGGGACGACAGGAUGAAAAGCCAGCUCCUGGAUGGAACAAUGAUAAUGGUGCAAGUUCUGAGCAGGGAUGGGGUUCUCGGCAGCCUGCGCCUGGGAGUGGAUGGUCUGCUGGAAAAAAUGGAUGGGGGGGAAGCAACAGUGAGGACAUAGAGCCUGCUAAAGGCCCUGGGGGCUGGGAUGGCUCAGGAAACAAAGCUUCCUCUGGCUGGGGGGAUGUGGGACAGAAUGAAGUUGGCUCUUGGAGUAAUGGGGCUAACUCAAACUCAGCAUCUCGAACUGGCUGGGAAGAGAAUAAAAGGUCCCAAGGAGGAGGUAACUGGGGGGACACAGCCAGGGCUCCAGUUAAUUGGAAUAAGCAGCAAGAAGCUACACAGUCUGCUCCAUCUUCGGGCUCCUGGGGUUCACAAGCUCCUCCACCUCCUGGAAAUGGUAGGCAGCCACCUACCCCUGGUUGGAAGGGUGGCCCUACACCAGCAGUGUCCAAGGAUGAAGAACCAAGUGGCUGGGAGGAACCAUCACAGUCAUCCGCCAACCGUAAAAUGGACAUUGAUGAUGGUACAGCUGCUUGGGGGGAUCCUAACCAUUACAAUUACAAGAAUGUUAGCUUGUGGGACAAAAAUGCGCAAGGAGCUCCUGCACAGAUGCAACGGGAGCAAGGAAUGCCUGGAUCCAUAGCCAGCAAAGGAGCACCUUCAGUUUGGGGCAAGAAUAAGGGCCCCCCAGGUGACAAUGGCACUGCAGCUUGGGGUGAGCCAUCUGAACCUGUUUCUGGAUGGGGGGAAGCAGAAGAAACUGGACCUCCAACCCCAGGCUGGGGAAAUGCACCCCCUGUAGCUCCUAGUGCCAUGAAAACUGGUACAAAAUCUAUGCAAGAUGGCUGGGGAGAGAAUGAAGCACCGGUGACAGGGACACGUCACAGCAGUUGGGAUGAAGAAGAGGAGGGUGGAGUCUGGAACAGUGCAGGAUCUCAGGGAAGUGGCUCCUCCCACAACUCAGCAGGGUGGGGCCAAGGAGGAAAGAAACCACAGAUCAAGGGUUCCCUUAAAGGGGGGAACAAUGAUUCCUGGAUAAACCCUUUGUCCAAACAGUUCUCAAACAUGGGAUUACUGAGCCAAGUGGAUGACCCAUCUGCUAGUAAGAUGGACCACCCUGUUGGUGUUCUUCCAGAAAAGAAGUUUGAGGCAGACAAGAGGGGAGGUAAUCUCGGGGAUUUUAAUGACAUGAUGCGGAAGGAACGGUCCGGUUUCCGUCUGCCCAAUUCCAAAGAGAUGGGAGCCGCAGACAGCGGGCCUUAUUUUGAGAAGCUGACUUUGCCUUUCUCCAAUCAAGACGGGUGCCUUGGGGACGAGGCUCCGUGCUCUCCCUUUUCUCCCUCCCCCAGCUACAAGCUAUCUCCCUCCGGCUCCUCGCUCCCUUCCGUGGGCCUGGGGGCUAUCGGUUCGGGCCUCAACCCCCAAACCUUCGCUGCUAGACAAGGUGGCAAUCACGGUCUGUUUGGGAACAGCGGUGCACAAUCGCGAGGCAUGCACAACCCUGUGCCAUCGCUCAACUCCUCUCCCAACCUCCGGGCACAAGUGCCUCCCCAGUUCCUCUCUCCACAGGUCUCGGCCUCUAUGCUGAAGCAGUUCCCCAACAGUAACAUGAGCCCAGGACUGUUUAACAUGGGGCCUCAGCUCUCUCCUCAGCAGAUCGCAAUGCUGAGCCAACUCCCUCAAAUCCAGCAGUUCCAGCUGGCCUGUCAGCUUCUUCUGCAACAGCAGCAGCAGCAGCAGCAGCAGCAGCAACAGCAGCAGCUUCUCCAGAAUCAGAGGAAGAUCUCACAGGCUGUCAGGCAGCAACAAGAACAGCAGUUGGCACGAAUGGUAAGUGCGCUCCAACAGCAACAGCAGAGGCAGCCAGGAAUGAAGCACUCUCCCUCUCAUCCAGCUGGUUCAAAGUCUCAUCUGGAUCCUGUGGGGAUUUCUGACAUGCAAUCCAAGGGGCACAUGCAAGGAUAUGGCUCUGGCUUUGGCUCCAGUGGAAUGGAUUAUGGAAAGGAAGCUGGGGUAGAAUCACGUUUCAAGCAGUGGACUUCAAUGAUGGAUGGGUUGCCUUCCUCUGUCUCACAAGAUGUCAGUCUGCAUAAGAAUGGCUCUAUUGCUCCCCCUGCAAAGAAUCGUGGUGGCUCCCCAUACAACCAGUAUGAAAUGAUGUCUGGAGAGUCUGUAGGAUUGCAUGGAGGGCCAACUGCUGAGAGUUGGCUACCUGCCAAAUCCCCUCCUAGUAAAAUGGGAAACAAAUCCAUUAAUACCAGCUGGCCUCCAGAGUUUCAGCCUGGUGUGCCAUGGAAAGGAAUUCAGAACAUUGACCCAGAAUCCGACCCUUAUGCUACCCCUGGCAGUGUGCUAGGGGGUCCAGCCCCAUCUCCCAUCGUAGAUACUGACCACCAGCUACUGCAGGACACCCCUACAGGGUCCAAUUCUUCCCUCAACACCUCGCUGCCUUCACCUGGUGCCUGGCCCUACAGUGCCUCUGAGAAUAUCCACAGCACUUCAGCAAAGUUUGGGGACUAUAAAUCCACCUGGUCACCAGACCCCAUUGGACAUAACCCGUCACAUCACUCAAACAAGAUGUGGAAAAACCAGAUGUCCAGGAAUAGCCCUGGGCUGCCUCGCCCCCCUCCAGGGCUCACAAACAACCCCAAAGCCACCAACUCUCCAUGGAACAGCACAGCCCCUCGCUCUGUAAGAGGAUGGGGUGGUCAGGACUCACGAAUAACAUCUGGAUCUACCUGGAGUGAUGGCAGUUCUGUGCGUCCAAGUUACUGGCUGAUCCUUCUUAAUCUUACACCACAGAUUGACGGUUCCACCCUCCGGACGAUCUGCAUGCAGCAUGGCCCUCUGCUGACAUUCCAUCUCAACCUCACCCAGGGCACAGCUCUCAUCCGAUACAGCACCAAACAGGAGGCAGCCAAGGCCCAGAACGCCCUGCACAUGUGCGUCCUGGGUAAUACGACCAUCCUGGCGGAAUUUGCAACGGAUGAAGAGGUGAGCCGUUAUCUUGCACAAGCUCAACCACCAACACCUUCUGCUCCUGGCGCAGGCUGGCAGCCAUUGGAAGUGGGACAGAACCAUCAGGCUGAAUCGGUAGGGCCAGCCCUAAACCUUUUCGGAGGGACCACUGGGCUGGGACAGUGGAGCAGUGGUGGCGGUGGUAGUGACCUGCCAGGCGUGUCUCUUUGGGGUACUCCAAGCUACACAUCCAGCCUGUGGGGGGUGCCCAACACGGAGGACGCCCACCGGAUGGGCAGCCCUGCUCCUUUGCUACCCGGUGAUCUUUUGGGAGGAGGGACCGACUCAAUAUGAACUUUGAACUUUCAACUCUGACCUCGUGACCUUUCAGAGCAGCAGCACUAACUUGACCUUUUUUGUGUGUUUUUUUUUUUUUUUUUUUUCAAACUUGCAAUAAAUACAUUUUAACUAAAAAGAGAAAAAAAGAAAACCGAUAGUUAAAUCAGGUGGGUGCAAGUU